AUGUUAAGAUUUCUAGUACCCAGCGGGCCCCUAGCACAAAAAUCGAGUCUCAGGACGGCUUCGUGGGCCGCCCCAGCGCUGACAAAAAGAGCAUACCAUCCAAGAGUCAUCGACCACUACACAAACCCCAGAAACAUCGGUUCUCUUGACAAAAAACUGUCAAACGUGGGGACCGGGCUUGUGGGAGCCCCCGCGUGCGGUGACGUGAUGAAAUUGCAGAUUCAGGUCAACGACGAGACCGGCGUGAUCGAAAACGUCAAGUUCAAGACUUUUGGAUGCGGCUCCGCGAUCGCGUCCAGCUCGUACAUGACCGAACUGGUGCGUGGCAAGACCCUCGAUGUGGCCUCGCAGAUCAAAAACACGGAGAUCGCCAAAGAGCUCAGUCUGCCCCCGGUCAAGCUGCAUUGCAGCAUGUUGGCCGAGGACGCCAUCAAGGCGGCCAUCAAGGACUACAGAUCCAAGAGAAAGACCACGGUGCUCAAAUGA